AUGAGCAAAACAAUGGAACAUCCUGCAAAUUGCCUCUAGAAAAGUCUCGAAAUUUCCACUUUCUCUUUUAUAUAAAUCGUUGAAACUUGUGUGGUUGCUUUAUUUGAUAUUGUAGAAUAUAUUGAGUUGAUUUAUUAACAUGGCUGAGGGAAAUCAGCGAAGAUAUCCGCAAAGUUUGACGGGUGCACUGCAGAUGGCUGUUGAUCUUCAGGGACAGGGACAGUCCAGUGACAGUGUAGAAGGGAAUCCAAGUCCUCAACCAAGUGAACAAAUGACUGAGGAGAGAAGGAAGUGGUUAAACGAGGCCCUGUGCAACAUGGUUGUGGAUGAAAUCAAGGAAAUGAAAGAACAUCUUGACACUCUGGCUGAUGCCAGCAAAGAAGACGAUGAUAAAGAAUUUGCUUUGGAAGAGUUGUCGAAUAUGUGUGAUCGGAUUGAUAUGGCUAAGGACUUCCAAAAGAUUGGUGGCUUUGAAGUGUUACCAAUGGUGCUGGGUCACGAGAGUCCUGAAGUCCGAUGGAGAGCAGCCGAUCUCCUUGCUACAUUGGUCCAAAAUAAUCCUUAUUGUCAGGAGGCGGCUCUUCUCAAAGGAUUCCUCGAGGUGUUGUUGAAACUUCUGGACACGGAUGAAGCUGAUAUAGUCCGUAUCAAGGCGCUUUAUGCUCUAUCAUGUUUAUGUAGGGACUAUGAACCAGGUUUGGAAAGUUUUAUAAAAAACGAUGGAUUCUCAUACCUGAUGAGGGCCAUGCAGAGUGGGGUUCAAAAAUUACAACUAAAAGCCUCCUUUUUACUGCAAGCAAUUUGUUCAUCAACCCCUUCGUGUAAAGAUAUACUAUGUGAUAUUGGCAUGAUAGAGCAGCUGAUUGGACUCCUCGGGUCAGAGCACAGUCAGGUUCAUGAACACCUUACAAUGGCCCUUCUCACGAUAGCUAAGGACCACCCACGCUCCGUACAGGAAUGUCAGAGACAAGAGUUUCAGCUGGAGGCACUUCUCAAGGAAAGGGUUGAUGCAAUUAAAGGCCUGGAUGAGUGUCUGGAGGAAAAAGAAUAUGCAGAACAGCUGUUACAGAUGUGCUUCAAUUCAAAAAUAAGGGGACAAGACUUGGAACGGUGAUGUAAAUUUUGAGGAAUUUGCAUCCACUUGAUUUGACAUUACAGACUUGCAUUUGGGAUUGAACUCUUAACUACAUCCAGAACAAAGGGAUAAUGUGUAGACGCUCAUUGUCAUGGUGAUUCGGGAGGCUGUUACUCUCCCCCUCUUCUUGGACCAGGGCCUGGUUAUUAGAAAGCAUGAAGUUGUUGGCAAAGAACUUUUCAAAGGAGAUGAAAAUUUCUAAUAAUAAUAAAUGAUGUAAAGAUUAUCAAU